GAAAUUAGAACAUGAAUGACAAGGAAGGAAAGUAAAAAAUAAUAUCACGUGUAUCGCCAGGAAAAAAUAAUAUCACAGGAAAAAUAAUAUCUUCAGGAAAGGAAAAGAUGCUGCGAUCAGUGGUGUUCAAGAACUUUGUUCAUUUUCGGGAUGUUCAGGAAGUUCAGUUUGAGAGAGGGCCCACUUUUCUGUUCGGUGGAAACUCGACUGGAAAAUCAGCAAUAUUGGAACUGAUUCGACGCUCGAUGACGACUAGCUGCAAUGCAAUGAUUUCAAACCCCUUCAACCCAACAAAAAUCGCCUUUGUUUUCUGCAAAUUUGAUUUGUCGACAGCAGAUUUACAUGUAUGGUCAGGUGUACUUAUGCUGAAAGAAACAUGUUUUAAGCUUGUCAUAGAAAUAAGAUCAAGUAGAAAUAUGUGCCAAGUAUCCAAGUAUUCAGUACAGAACCAAAAACUUUCAUGUGAUAAUGUUGAGGUUUGCGAUUUUGAACUUCAUGAAAAUGAAUUUUCUUUGUUGAAAACAGGAGAGGAAGAAAAUUAUUUGGAAAACAUAUCUAAAGAGGUGGACGUACUGUACAAACGAAUUGGGGACUCAUCGUUUAGAACAAUAAAAGAGGGUGAUGAAAUUCCAACAGAAAAGGUUUUAAAAGGAAUCGAGGAGUCUUUUGUGGCUACAUUUUCUGUGAGGUCGGUUAGUCCCCUGCAGUGGACGAGAAGUAUUCCCCAGAGUAAAGCAGAAGAUACCUACAAGGAGGCCAAUAAAAGAGCUGAAAUAAUGAAGGCACUGCUUCCCAGAUUUCAAAAGGAUAAAAUCUUCUUAGAAACACUAAAUUAUCUUUGCUAUCCAAUCGAGUACAAUGUGGAGAUAGUGGAUUCUCAAAUCACAGUUAACAAUCAACCAUUACUGAAGACACCUGUAGGCGUCAUCGAAGCGAUCCAUUUUUGCCUGAUUUUGGCCUGUAAGGAAUUCAAAACUAUUUGCUUGGAAGAACCAGGCACUGGCAUGCAUCCUGAAAUGAUAGAGCGCAUGCGUGAUAUCCUUCUUCGGACGAGAGAAGCACGUGUGUUUAUCAUCGUAUCUCAUAGCCAUGCCUUCAUUAACAAUUGGACUGUGCCUAAAAUCAACGUUUGCUCCAGAAAAAGGGUUAAAAAUUAUAAAGGUGAUAUCGACAUAAUCCAUCAAGUUCGCUCUAUCAGAGGAUUGAGUGACCAAAUUCUAGAUUUAGAUGAUAUGAAGAAACUGUUGUUUUCUUUUAAGGUGAUUGGCGUGGAAGGAAAAAGAGAUAAAAUAUUUCUGGAUGCCUUUUUCAGCUACAUUUGGGAAACUAUCAACAGCCCAAAUGCUGAUGAAAAGGAAACAUCUAAAUUUCAAAAAGCUGAUACAGUACUAGGGAAUCACAUAAUAUGCAUACAAUCCAAGAGUGCAGAGAAGAAUACAAUAGAUUAUUGUAAUCUAAUCGAUCGUCAGUGUUGCCUCAUGCUCGAUAGAAACGCUCACGUCAGAGUAAUGGACGAUAAAAAGAGAGUACAAAAAAUUCGAUUGGAAGAAGAAUUUCUCUCUCCAUUUUCCGAGCAGUAUUUUAACUUCAAAAACUUUCAUCAUAGGUCUCUCAAUGAAUUCCUAAAUAAGCCAGAGGGUUUUGAAAGGCUCUCUCAUAUAUUAAAAUCAAGGAAUGUGUUUGUAUGGCGUGAAGGGGAUCUUGAAGACAUGAUUGUAGAAUCGCUAAGCCCUGCACAACUACAAGCAUUUAAGCCAAAAGAAGAAAGUGCCAACAAAAAGAGUAAAAAACGAGGAGUUGAAAUCUUAGACUUGACCAGGGAACAACUCAGAAAACUUGUGAUAGCUGUUUACGAAGCUGGUCCCCUAAAGAGGCUGUAUGAUUUCCUUUCAUCUUUCGAAAACGGUCUUAAAUGACCUCUUUUUUUAAUUUUCUUUUGAAUGAGACAAUUAUGUAACACCAAUAUUCUUUGCAAAGGUUUAUUUGUAGAUCCAAUAAGGCAUGCGGAUUUUAUGGAUAUAACUGACUUUUAAACUUUAUACACAACCAUUCCCCACGAUAAAUUAAAGUCCAGGCUUUUUGAUAUCAUUGACAUCUGCCUUUUCAGGAAAAAAUUGAACUCGUAAAGUUACUCACCUUGUCAUUGGUCAUUUUUAAUUUUUUUGUUAAAACAUUCUGAUUGCACACACAAGUACUCUGAAGUUGACAUCAAACAGAUGCAAGAAAAAGAAGUUUCUGAUUGAGAAAAUUUAUGUGGUUUUUGGACAAUCUUUUGGAAUUCCCGUGGGUACCAAUU